UGCAAAACCACAUGCGUCUCCCCGCUCUGCUCUCUCCAGUGCCAAGGCGGAGAGAUGCGCACACUGACCGAGAACACCGCAGCACAGAAAUGCGCACAGCUUCGACCAGGACCCGGCGAUAGCUUCACCUCCCCAACAACCCCCGAACCCGUCUCUCAACACAGCGGGUUAGAGGGGGAAUAUGGCAAACUUUGACACACUUUGCAUGUCAUGGGAAAUGCCCUGCGUUGUCUGGAGAGCCGUGCUGCCGAGCGGCUGAAUUGAGAGCACAAUAACACAGAGACCUGAUUCCAGUCAUUUCUAUCCCGGCUCCUCUCCCACAUUGGUUUUGAGAGAUGAUCACGGAGCUGGUGUGCACCGCCGUGGCUGUGGGUCUCUAUCUGAACACGCUGGACGCAGAUUUCUGCUACGAUGACAGCCGAGCCAUCAAGACCAACCAGGACCUUCUUCCUGAGACUCCGUGGACCAACAUCCUGUACGACGACUUCUGGGGCACCUUGCUCACCCACAGCGGCAGCCACAAGUCCUUCCGUCCACUCUGCACCCUCUCCUUCCGCCUCAACUACACCCUGCACGGCCUGCGUCCCUGGGGCUACCACCUGCUGAACCUGGUGCUGCACGCUCUGGUCACCGCCCUCUUCACGGCCUUCAGUCGCCCGCUUCUCGGUGGAGGACUGUGGAGCCUGCUGGCUGGCCUACUUUUUGCCUCUCAUGCGGUUCACACUGAAGCAGUCGCCGGCGUGGUCGGGAGGGCGGACGUCGGCGCUGCGUUGUUUUUCUUGCUGUCUCUUCUCUGCUAUAUGAGACACUGCGGACUUCGUAGGGACCCACAUGGGACUUUUCAGAGCGGCUCAGUCGCCUCCUGCUGGGGCUGGAUGCUGGGAAGCCUUUGGUGUGCAGCGGCCAGUAUGCUGUGGAAGGAGCAGGGGGUGACGGUGCUUGCCGUGUCGGCUGUGUAUGACCUCUUCGUGUUUCAGAGGCUCCGGUUUCGCCAGGCACUUCUCCUCCUGCUUGGAAAGAAAAAGAACAUCAGUGUUUUGCUGAGUCUUGGAGUGCUGGCUUCCUGGGGAGUGAUUCUGCUGUCAGCUCGCCUCUACUGGAUGGGCAAUAAGCCUCCCAAUUUCUCCAACUCUGACAACCCUGCAGCUGACUCGCAACAUUUUCUCACCCGAACGUUAACGUUCCUCCACCUGCCCGCCGCUAACGCCUGGCUCCUGCUCUGCCCCGACAAGCUCAGUUUCGAUUGGUCCAUGGACGCUGUGCCCUUGGUCAGGUCCUUGGCUGACUGGAGGAACCUUCACACUGUUGCCUUUUACGGUGGAUUUAUCCUCCUGGCUAUGUUUGGCCUCCGGAGCCCCGUCUCCAAAGGCAAGGAGACCAAUGGGAAAGCCUUUGUCACUAAUGGGAAAUCAAUCACUAAUGGGAAUGGUUACCAUGCCCCUGACACAAACCAUAACACAGACCAGGGGCCGCCAAAGACCACCCUGAAUGGGUCAGCUGGAUUCCACCACUGCCCUGCACGGACAUCCUUGCCCCCUACACAAAACCUAGUACUAUUUUCAUUAGGCAUCAUGUCAUUGCCUUUCAUCCCGGCAACAAACCUAUUUUUUUAUGUGGGUUUUGUAAUUGCAGAGAGGGUACUGUACAUCCCCAGCAUAGGCUUCUGUUUGCUGGUUGCUACUGGUGCAAGAAGCUUAUAUGUCAGACUGAGGACUAAAGGCUACAAGGCCUUACUGUUGUGUCUCUGUAUGGGACUAGUGCUGCUGAAUGGGCUCAGAACUGUUCAAAGAAACCGGGACUGGAGCAACGAGGAGAAUCUCUACAAGUCUGGGAUUGGUGUGAAUCCUGCUAAAGCCUGGGGAAACUUGGGGAACGUGCUGAAGAACCAGGGCAAAAUGGCAGAGGCGGAGAAGGCGUACAGAAACGCUCUACACCACCGAGGGAACAUGGCUGACAUGCUGUAUAACCUUGGCUUGCUGCUGCAAGAGAAUGAGCGUUUCACUGAAGCGUUGCAUUAUUACAAACUGGCCAUUGGGAGUCGGCCAACACUGGCAUCGGCCUACUUGAACACAGGAAUCAUCCUGAUGAACCAGGGCAACCUGGAAGAGGCCAAACGCACCUUUCUGACAUGUGCUGACAUUCCAGACGAGAACUUGAAAGACCCACACGCCCACAAGAGCUCGGUCACCAGCUGUCUGUACAACCUGGGAAAACUGCUCCAUGAACAGGGCCAGCAGGAGGAGGCCUUGUCUAUUUAUAAGGAAGCGGUACAGAAAAUGCCCAGGCAGUUUGCACCACACAGCCUUUUCAACAUGAUGGGAGAGGCCUACAUGAGGCUGAACAGGCUAGAGGAAGCAGGCCACUGGUACAGAGAGUCCCUCAAGACCAAACCUGACCACAUCCCUGCACACCUCACUUAUGGCAAACUGCUGUCCAUCAUCGGGCAGAAGACAGAAGCAGAGAAGUACUACCUGAGAGCGAUACAGCUCGACCCGACAAAAGGAAACUGCUACAUGCACUAUGGUCAGUUUCUGCUGGAGCAGUCUCGUCUUGGCGAGGCGGCGGAGAUGGCGGAGAGAGCCGCAGAGCUGGACAGCUCAGAGUUUGACGUGGUCUUCAGCGCUGCUCACAUGCUCAGACAGGCCAGUCUGAAUGAAGCAGCAGAGAGGCAGUAUGAGCGUGCAGCCAACCUCAGACCAGAUUACCCGGCUGCUCUGAUGAACCUCGGCGCCAUCCUCCACCUGAAUGGCAAACUUCCCGAAGCGGAGGCCAACUACCUGCGCGCGCUACAGCUCAAACCCGACGAUGUCAUUACCCAGUCCAACCUGCGCAAGCUGUGGAACAUAAUGGAGAGGCAGGGACUCAGGAUCAGGCAUGGGCUCGGGAUGCAGAAGAGUGACAUGUGAACUGAAAGAGUUGCUGCGCUCUUCCCUUAACGAUGAUGUAAUGUCCUCCAGAGAGUGAAGCAGGAUAGGAAACGAAAGCACCUGAGGCUAAAAGCCCUCUCUACGAGACAGGAAAGACUGAUUCUUGAGAGUUGUGGCCUGUGAUGCUUGUGGAUGUUUGAGGCGUGGCAUGUCUGGGAUUCAUGUUCGGCUCGAUAAUACGUCACCAACAGUGCUGUGUGAUGGCUCAAACGACUACGACUAUUGCCAAGUCCUGAAGAAAGAAUCUAGAACAAAAGUCUCACAAAUUCUGAUUUCACUAUCACUAAAAAUGUGGGUAUGUUUUAAAGCACUUAAUUUGAAUGAGGAUGUAGCAAAAGUAUUUAAAUAAUAAUGUCUGAAGAAUGGGUUUUGGAGUUGGUCGGCGGGUUUGUAUUAAAGGGGAAGUCCUCCAGUUUUACACAUCAACAUCUGUUUGUAGGUCUUGAAGUACUACUACAUAUGUAGGGAAUAAAAACAAACUUUCUAAAAAAUUAUAAAGCAUUUUGUGACUCCAGAGGGCGCUGUUUGCGGUCUGAUACGUCGCCUCAAGUGAUGUCAUUUGAGUCAGCAUCAGUUUGAAUAUGAUGAAAAUCUGGCAGAAUUUAAAAAAGACGCAAGCUUACCCGGCCUCUGUAGACCGGCUACCGACUUGAGACAUCAUUAGCUGCUACUACUGUAGCGUAACACAUCCAUCCAAAUCUCUGUUUGAACUGUCGGCGGAUCAAGUUGCGUUGUGGGUAACGUAGACGGCAGGUUUGGACAAGAAAGAAGGAUGUGCGGAAUAACAAAGACGAUAUCUCUGGUUGCGCCGCAUUCAUUUUGAUCUUUUGGACUGCAAUGCUGAAUCAGUGGAGUACUCUUUUCAGAUAUAAAAAAAAUUAAAACCCUGAUUAAUUACCCUCAGGGUGCUCUCGCCUUUUCUUAACACAAUAAAUGCAUACCAUUAAAAGCAUGCCAGUGCUAAGACAUCUUCAGGUACCAACCCUCUAAUACAGAGCUGUAUAGUAAAUUGCUUCAACCAAUUAAAAGAACAGGUUAAAGCAUGACGCAUAGCCAAUCACAUCCUGUUGUCCGAGUCCAGAUUGUUUGCACCUGGUGCAUUUUUUAACUCUCAUGACUGUAAAAAAUAAAAACAGAUCAUGAGGAAACUCCUCCGCGGUGCCAAAGCUUGUACUGAGUCUUUUAGGCCUCUCGUGCCAAGCAAGAACUGUUCUCACGUACGUGUUGUGUUCCUUGUGUCGAAAUGAAUAUGUUUCACUUCAUGUGAUCGAACUUAAUUUAUUAAUACAUGUUAUUAUUUUAUGUGAAAAAGCCAACACUGUGCCGUCACUAUCACAGUAGCCCACCGUCUCUGAUUCCUCCACAUAGAUAGGCUACAGUAGGUAACAUGACAAUACAUUCAAAUGUUUUUUUUUGUUUUUUUUUGUAUUACAUUUGUUUCUCUCUGCUCAGGGACAUCCGGUUGUGUUUCCUGUCACAGAAUGGGUUUGUGACACAGAGAGAGGUCCUUUUAAAAAUGACGUUAGAUGUUUUUGAUAAUUGUGAUGUUUGGUUAAAUUAUAGGAAAUGUGUAGCUUAAAAUGUGUCGUGUUUUGUAAAGACAAGUGAAACCUUUUCCAUAAUAAAGAAAAACAUCAU